AUGGGACCGAAGCCGCGAGAGAAAUCCGCCCCUAUAUCUUCGAGAAGAGACCCGAAAUCGACCGCCCUCCAGCCCCGGCCGACCAAGACGUCAAGAUCCACGAAGCCUGCUCGCAUCCACGAAGAUACAUACGAACUUAGCAAGAAAAACCAGCUUCUCCUCGCGACUGAGAUUAUAAACUCCGCCUUGCGACUACUCUCCGAGUCGGCGAAACCAUCCGUCAAAAGAGCGUCGACCGGGCAGACAAAAUCAAGCCACGCGAACCCUCCGUUAUCACCUAAGAAAGUCGCCAAUACCCGAAUCAAACCAUCUGUUACUGGUGCCAAAAAAACAAUCUCUCCAUCCGCGGAGAAGGGGCAGAAUGCUGUUGCCCAACGGGUAGUUGCGGAAUGCGCUCAUGCAGCGUUCGCAUAUCUUGAAAAGCAUAUAUCGAGCGUGGAUGGGUCCAAAGAUCUCCCUGCCUUGCAGUACGAGAAUGGGAUGAUCAGUUUCAUUGGAAAGCUGAUAUCGGCAAGACUGGACCCAAUAGCGCUCAAGGAGCUGCAUGUACUGAAGAGAAGGCUCGAUUCAUCGCCGGUUAGAAUCACGGUAGCAUCAACAAGUGGGCGCCCAUCAGGGCCAAGAGGAUCGAAGCAAACGAGUCUCGUAUCGCUACUAACUGCCCCGACAACCCCCCCUGAGCCGGGUUUGCUGAAUAUCCUCAUCUCACACCAACUUCUGGUGCUAAAGGCCAUCGCCAACCGAGGAGAUCCGGCAGAAAUCCGAGCUAGUCUUCAGCAUCUCCGGGCUGAGAGCAAGUCAUGUCUUCAAACCCUUCUCCUUGAACAAGUCCGAAAUCCUAAAUUCGGAGCGAAGGCGUUCAAACAGCUGGAUACAUUGGCACAGACGAUACUGUCGAUGUGUCCUAGCAUCUCCUCGUCUGAAGACUCAACUGUCGCGGAUCGGAAACGAUAUCCUGACCCGGUUACUGUUCUAGAGUUACAGACCCUGGCGCUCCAUACUCGACUGCGUAAAGGAACACUGGGCAAGCUGGAUCCUUCCAUUUUUGACGAAGUUCUUGAAUCCUUUUCAAGAUGUCUAAAUGCCUAUGUCAGACGCUGCCAGGCUAGCCCUGAGAAGAAGUACACAUAUGCUAAGGAAUGCUAUCAAUUACUUUCGAAUGACAUCGACGAUAAGGCCGCGGAUCUCAAUGAUGGGAUAGUCCAAUCAAUAAAGAGAACCCUCUGCGGUGAGGCACGGUCUGCGAAGUUGCUUGAUGAAACUUUACGAUGGACGGCCGGCACAUCGUCUUCUCUUGCGGACACAAAUGAUGUUGUGUCUCUGAUACGCAGCGCCACUGUUCACCUCGACUGUGGACAAGUAGAUCCAACAACUUUGGACUCAGCAACCAAGUUGUUGGCAAAUGAUGUUGGUCCGUGUCUACCGAGAACCGAAAUCGUGCUCGCUGAAGUAGCAGGAUUUCGGAAAGCUGCGACGAAAUUGCUCUGGGAUACUUCAGCUGCAUCAAAAUCCAAGCAAGAAGAACCUGUCUCUGUUGAUACUGGCCUGCUCUGUCGCGCAAUUUUCAGCUCCGUCCAAUUCUUUGCUGACUACACAGUCAGCCGUGAGGAGAAACAAUCUCGGUCUUCUCUGUCGACGCGCAUCACAAAGGCUUUCAUUGAUUCGGCAUUGGUUGCCUGUCGAAUCGGAGUUUCCGGGCCCAUAUGCUUCGAUGAGCUGGACCUGACACUAUCAAGAUGUGUCUCGAUCAUUGGUUCUGCGAUGCAGCGCAAUGUGGAUCAACCUUGGCCUCCUUCACUUACCCUAAUCUCGAAUAUUUACUGGACAUCAUUCCUGAAGUCAAGGUCCGGAGAUUCCUUGUCGCCAACCGCUCUCAAUGCUCUUCGAAGAUCGGUUAAUGUACUGAAAAGCCACACUGAUGUUGCUCGUCAGGAUGAGUUGUUUCCUCUAAAAUUGGUUACGCUGAGCAAAAUCCUCCUCAAUGAAGGAGAGAUCGAUAAAUCUGCCGAUAAUGCGAUAGCAGCGUUGAGGGGAUGCAUCGCCAACGGGCUAUUGAACAGAGCAAUGAAGUUGGCUGCGAUCAAACCACUGCGAGAGAUCUUCGAUAGAGGUGGACCUUUAGAGCUUCCGGGCAGCUGUUGUCGCUCAUUCCUGCAAUCAUCGGCUCUCCCAAGGAAGAGUCGAAUAGCAGAGGUCGUCAACAUGAGCCUGGACCUCGGACCAGGGGAACGAGGCUCAUUGCUGGAGUACCUUCUCAGUGUGGCCUGCAAUAAGGUCGGACUGUCAAAACAGACUGGUAUGAUCCAACAAUUGGAAGAUAUCGAAGCACUUGGAAACGCCCUUCUCGAGAUAUACACCGACUCCGAGUUUCCGCUUCGAAGACGGCGGGUGGAUACCCUCAUACGAAGAGCGACUUCACACACUGGGAGCACGUUCUCCCAAGCUCUGCUCGAUUUGUGCAAAGGAAAUUCUAUCGGACCAGUUAAUCAAUUGGCCCGCGAUGAAGGAUUAGUGCGGUACCAGCUUGAUAUAACAGCGACAGCCAUCAUGGUUGGUUGCUUGCAAACUCAUCCUGUAAACUUCGAUCGCGCACACGAAGCCAUCGCCUUAUGGCUUUCCCUUACCGACGGCAUGGCUGGCGAACCUGACCCGGGGCAAUUCCUAAACGACCCAGAGGCUACAAUCGGAACUCUCCAGUCGAGUUCCGACAUGUUUGUAUUGCACGGUCAGUACGAGCUGCAAGUGCAAUGCCUUCGAUCACUGGUCGUCAUAUUAAAUGCCGCUGGCUCUUCCAAAAGAAAUCAACUGUUGAAGGCAUACGUUUCACUGUCUCAGGCAUAUCUGUCCAUAGGCCGUACUUCAGACGCAGGAAUGGUCUUCUCGAAGUCACACAAACUAGUUGACUCUAGUCAUAUUGACACCGAGACGAAGCUACAUUGGAACCUCGCCUAUGGGCAGUACCUGCUCGCUCUGGGCAAUAUUGAGAAGUGCCGCGAAAGCUUCUCUGCUGCCGGUAACCUAUUCGAAGGAGGCAAAUUCUUCCAAGCGCUGGCGGAACCGACGGCCUCCUUGUCGGAAAGAAUGAGAAUCAGUAGGGUUCUUGUCGAAGCAUGCUGCUUGCAGUCCCAGUUGGACGCUAUGGACGGCUCUUUCGAAAGCGCGCUAUGCUGUGCAAGGCGUUGCAUCACAUUGGACAGGCGCACUUGGGCAACGUUGGAAACUCGACAGAAUGAGACAAACGACAUAUCUUCCCUCGGGCGCUUGAAGGCGAGCGAAGGGGCAACGUCAGAGCUAUCCGACAUCACAGCACCGGAUUCGGACAGUGACGCAGCAUCACGGCACCCGAAAUCCCCCUUGAUCAUGUCCAUGACCCACAAUCGUUUGAAAGGCCCAGCUUUCUGGAGACUCAUACCACCCAUGAUCCGGUCAAUAUGCCAGUAUUCACAACUGCUAGCUACACAAGGCAUCUAUCAGGAUGCCUUGUACUGGACUGACCAAGCCUACAAGGUGGCUGCUGCGAUUUCGUCGGCCUAUCUGAAACACAACAUACUGGCUCAAAAGGCACGAUUGCUCCUUGACUCCACAAGGCUGGAAGAAGCCGCCGAGUGCAUCAAUGAGAUGAAAGGGCUCCAUCCGAAUAUGCCAGAUAGUGUCCAUUCAGUCCAAGUCCACCUCACAGGUGCUGGGUUGGCGCUGGCUCUGGCUGAUAUAGAACGCGCAACUGAAAGCGUAGACAAAGCUUCCGAUAUGCUCAAUAACUAUGCUGAGAAAUCCCUCGCAUGGAUUACGAAGCAACAACACCUCAGCCCAGGCAGCGAUUUGGUGUCCGAAAUGGAACAGCUCACACUUAACAAUUCCUCCACCUCCAAGAGGAAAGGGAUCAAGCCUGGGAUCAAGAAGGCUCAAACGAAAGCCCCUCCGUCCAAGAAAUCGGCAGUGAAAAGAGGCACUCGAUCCGUCCAGCCGACGCCGAAAGAUGCUUAUGACGAUGCCAAUCUACUGAUCGCAAAUGAACAGGUUGCAAUAUUCAAAGCCUAUUGCAAUGUGAAAGUCGGAGACAUUGACCAGGCGUUGCGAGAACUUGAUUCCCUUGAAACAACCUUUCCCGCCAUCGCCAGUCGAAUUGAGUACCAGAUGGCUCGAAUCCAUAUAUUGGAAUCUCAGGCUAUUGAUGAGCUUUCUCGGGACGUCAGUCUCAGUGUGUUACCGGAAUCGAGUAUUUCGUAUCCUUCAUGGACUCAACUCGAAUCCUCAGUGGCUGACCUCGCUGAUUUGCAUAUCUCCCCUGAGCCGAGGCAGACAAGGAGCUCACCAAGGAAGCGACAGCCAGGCCGACCAGCAGCUAAAUCCAGCCCAGCAAAGGGCUUGCUGAUGUCACUAAAGUCUGUUCGUAGCGUGGCUAUGGACAUCAUGCGAAGGGGACUUAAAACGUCUUCUCUGCACAACGGCUUCCAAGUUUGCAACACGGUGGCACACCUCACAAUGCUUCUAUCUGUCUCUGCAUGUUCGGAUAUGGAUGCAAUGCACCCUCUUUUAGCUGCCUUUAGCCUUGAUAUACCACGGAUCAAUGCGGCUAAAAGAGAACAAAGCUAUGUCCGAGCGGAGGCAAGAGAUUCUCACCGCACAGCUCUUUUGACAUGGCCACAAGAAACGACGCUAUCCGACCCUCAUUCCUGGCUUAGCAUUGCUAGCUUUCAGAACGAUUAUGUUGACAUCAUUCCCUCCCAGUGGUCCGUCAUUUCACUCAAUCUGAACGAUGCACAAGAUGAGCUCUAUGUUGUCAAGUACGAGGCUGGCAGGAGUCCAUUCACCGUUCGUUUGCCAAUGGUUCGUCAUAACUCUCGAGACCAAGACGAGGACGUGUUUUCGUUCGAGUCAGGGAAGGCAGAGCUAGAAGAGAUCAUCGAGCAGUCGAACUGGAGUGCCCAUAACGUCCCAGAGAACGGCAGCAAAGCCGAGAAGAAGGAAUGGUGGGCCGAGCGGGAGUCACUUGAUGCCCGCCUGCGCGACCUUCUGCUUAACAUUGAAAACAUAUGGUUAGGCGGCUUUAAAGGUAUUCUAUCACAGCAUUCCCGAGACGGGCGGCAAAUGGCUCUGUUUCAAAGGAACUUUGAGAAAAUACUGAACCGACACCUGCCUUCUCGCAAGGGACGUGGCGCGCCAAAGAAGUUCAAUUUCGACGCUCGAGUGCUGGACCUUUUUGCGGGUUUGGGCAAUCCGGACGGCCCUGGCGUUGAUCUGGAUGAGCAUCUACUUGACCUUCUCUACUUCGUUGUGGAUAUUCUGCAAUUCAAUGGAGAGACCAAUGCCUAUGACGAAGUCGACUUUGACUCCAUUUGCGUCGAAACCAUUGAAGCUCUGCAGGCUUAUCACGCCGGACUGGAGAACCAGAGCUGGGAUCAAACGCAUACGAUUCUAAUUUUGGAUAAGAAGUUACUACCUUUCCCAUGGGAAUGCCUCCCAUGCUUGGUUGGUAGACCAGUUUCCCGCCUGACUAGUCUCGACGCCCUCCGCUCUCGAAUCCUGUCGAUGACCGACCCGCGCGAUUCAGAGCACGACAUUGACAGCUAUCCUGGGCACCACGUGUCCCUCAGCACCGGCACAAGCAUUCUCAAUCCAUCUGGGGAUCUUCGCGGCACCGAGGCCUCUUUGAAGCCUUUCCUUUCGACGCUUCCUUUAGGCUGGACACAUCAUGCGACGCUCCCCGAGCCAAGCCCUUCGCAUACAUCUUCCGAUACGGCGUUGACCCGCAUCCUCCAGGACACCUCUCUUUUGCUUUAUUUCGGGCACGGAUCCACCUCCCAAUACGCUCGAGGCCGCGCCGUCCGUUCGCUUCCAUCCUGCCCAACUACUUGGCUGAUGGGUUGUAGCAGUGGUGGAGUGACCGACAACGGACAACUCGAGCCUCAUGGAAUGAUUUUGAGUUAUCUUGGCGCAGGUGCCCCAGCUAUCGUCGGUGCUCUGUGGGACGUCACAGAUCGCGACACGGAUCGUUUCAGUGUUCGGAUGGGCAGUGAGUGGGGACUAUGGGAAGAACCAGAGGAUUGGGAAGGGGAAAGAGGAAGACGAGGGAAGAGGGGCGGAAAGGAAAGACUGGAGAAGGCCAUGCGUACUGUUGGCACUGUCAAGAAGAGGGUCAACGAAAUCCAAGGAAGCGAGGAUACGGUCUCCGGAGGCAACGCAGGCGACGCUAAAGACCAACCAAGAAGCCUGGUCGAGGCGGUUGCUAAAGGGAGGGAAGCUUGUUAUUUGAAAUAUCUGAAUGGAGCGGCGAUGGUUGUGUACGGAAUUCCGGUCUACCUUUCUCGUUAA